AUGAUUCCCCUCCCGCAACAACGCCGCUUCGACGAGAGACUUGCGCGGCUCAUGCAAUUGGUCCGCUACGAGCUCCGUGGCUUGGACGCCCUAUCGUUCGAAGAUAGCGGGGUAAUAGAGGCAGCCCUCGCAGAAGUUAGGCGGGCAGAUACGGAUAUCAUGAAAGCCUUACUUCCGCUCAUUGCGCAUGUCAACUAUAUCGACGAUUGUCUGAUCCGCAGAGAGGACAUGUGGGAUACCACCAGAGCGGUACUGCUAUGGUUUGGUGGGGUAGACACUUUUGGAGGACUUAUUUCGGGAAAGAGAGGUGGGUUUAAUCGAGUCCUCUGGAGAGCAACCGAUUCCUUUGAAUCGGCUUUGGCAACGACGGAAAGGGCAUUCAAAUGUGGAGAAAAAAUGGCGGUUGCGACCAGCAGGGUUUGCAAUAAGAAUGUGUUGAUGCUUCAAGGGGAGAUCACGAAUAUGGGCCGGGAGCUGCAGGGUGUGGCUACGCUAUGCGCUGAGGAGGAAGAGAGUGUAAAGCUUAAAAGCAAAUAUCUGGAAGAUAGGUUGAAAGCGGAGUUGCGGGGAAGAGAGGAUUUGGAAGAUGAGAUAUCGGAGGGAGUUGAGAGAGGCGGCGGGGUUUUGAAGGCCUCGGUAGACAGUGCUAGGGCAGUGGUGUUAGCUCUGUGCUUCGCAUUCACUUUUACCAUUCCCAGGAUUUUCUCAUUUGGGAUUUUUGCGAGUAUUAGUGUUGUCACCUUUUUCGCCUCGUGGACAAAAAUAUUUUAUCGAGAAAAAGAUACACAGAGAAUCCAGAACAAGAUAGUCUACUCUGAACAUAAAACGGAGGAACUAGAGCGCCAGUUAAAAGCGAUUAAGGGGAGGACAUCACAACUCCACAAGGUAACAGAAGCGUACCAGGAAGCUCAACACUUGUUCAGUCUACUAUCGCCGAAAGCCAAGUCCAUGCAGGUGAUGACCAGUCAAUUCGAAACCCUUCUUAGUAGGCGGAAAACUUUGGCGGAAAAUCGCGCCACUAAGAUCCACAACCUUAGACCUCCGGACUCACCAUCAUGGUAUCGUCCCAUUAGGUUAGACGUUGUUGAUCUCUUGGAGGAAAUAUUAGAGCAUUUCAAGCAGGAUUACGAAGAAGAUACGUACACAGGCGAGGAGGAAGCUAUCAUCUCAAACUUAGAGGAGAAACUUGGCUGUGUACGAAGAAAAACCGAAAUGAUCCAACGGAUUCACAGCCGUAUCAGGGCCGAGAGCGAUGGCGUCAGGGACUCGGAUGAGAUGCAGAAGGGCUCCUGGGGGCACCUCCGGCUGAGCGCAAUAAUACUCCUUGGAACCUCAAUGGCUGUCUUCUACGCUUGGAGUCGCCGUCGGUACUUCCUCCAGGGUGCGAGAUUCGUUACAUGGCAGGUUAGGCGAUCAAUCCUAUGGACGCUAAAAGGCGUGAUCAUCAAACUCUGGCAGACGGUAGUAAAUAUGUUGUUUGGUCUGAGAACUCCCUUCCGCCUGCUCUGUGCCGUGGCGCCCAACGUAGUCCACUUUGCUCUAGGCGUCUUGUUAUACCUGGGCCGUUUGGUUAUCGCCUACGCAUUCAUGCUCCCCGUAAAGAUACUGCUAGUGGUGGGGUUUCUGUUGUUCAGGGUAUUCACAACAAGGCUGGUUGUUCUUGGGGUUAUGGGUUGGUUUUUGGUGUAUCACGGACCGGCCUGGGAUGAGAUUUGGGGGUUUGUGUAUAGCUGGGCUGCUUGGGGGGUGGAGGCGGGGUGGAGGUGGCUGUGGGAGUUUUCGGGGUCUGAGGGAGCUAGUCAGGCAUUGGUUAUUGCGUCGUGA